AUGACACGGGAAUGCUCGUGUGGGAAGUUGGUUGAGGUUGAGAAAUAUAAGCAAUUAUUGGAGUCCCUGCAGAAGGAGAAGGAUGCUUUGCUGUUGAGAAAUGCACAACUGGAAGCCCAGAACGCAAAGCUGCUGGAUUCUUUGACUUCGAAACUUCUGCCAACACCUGAGAAGCCAUUCAAGGAAGAUGAAGGAUUCCUAGAUUGUGAAACGCUACAGCGGUUGUCUCACGAAGCAGGCGACAAAGAUUAUUUGUUUGUGAAGUUUCUGAUAAUGCAGCUUUUCCCAGUCUGUCCAGCUGAUAAUGCACAUGAUACAGGUGAUGGUGAAGCAACGGGUGACGAAACUGAAGGAGAAACUGCAAAAGUGCCGUUGGACCCAGUAAGAGUGCGAUGGAUAAAAAGACGCCAUUACGAUCGUCGUAUUUUUCUUCGUGAUGACUCUGCUACUGCAAAUACGUGCUACAAAAAUGCAGGACGUCUGAUGACACGAGUGAUUGCCAAUGCUUCGCGAUAA